GCGGGCGCGACACUCGGGGCACCUGGCCGUACGGACUUGAAGCUUUUCUUUGGUUCGAGGAGGGAGACCGUCGACGAGGACGUCGGCGGCAAAGGAGGCGGCGGCGGCGGCUCCUUGAGGGCUGACGGCGUGUCGGUGCCAUUGGGCAGAUUUUAAACGCCUCAGCGCAGCCCAGCAGCCCACCAGCUAGAAAUAAUCAAACGCCCUGAUUUUGAUAGAAUUUGAUUGUGACAAGCCCAAGAUCGACAAAUCUUAAAAUGCUCUCUCAAAAUAGGGCAAGAAGAAAACCAGUUGAGGGCACCGAGUGCAACAAGACGUUCUCUCCGGGAACGGAUUUAAAAAGACACAUGCGAACACAUACAGGAGAAAAUCCGUUUAACUGUACGGUUUGUAAUAAGAAGUUUAUCUCAGGGUCUAAGCUUCAAGUUCACCUCCGAACACACACAGGGGAAAAGCCAUAUGAGUGCAACGUGUGCUUCAAGAAGUUCACCCAACUGGGUCAUCUGAAACAGCAUGGAAUAUCUCACACAGGUGAAAAGCCAUUCGAGUGCACGGUUUGUAAGCAGAAGUUUACAACAGGACCUAGUCUGAAAGUUCACCUCCGAACCCAUACGGGAGAAAAGCCGUAUGGGUGCACGGUUUGUGAUAAGAUGUUUACAACAGGGCACCGGCUUCAAAUUCACCUGCGAACACAUACAGGAGAGAAGCCGUAUGGCUGCACGGUUUGUAAUAAGAAGUUUACAACCGGAUCUAUUCUAAAAAAUCACCUCCGAACCCAUACGGGGGAGAAGCUAUUUGAGUGCAACGUGUGCUUCAAGAAUUUCGCCCGAAGUGGUCAUCUCAGGCGGCAUGAAAUGUCUCACACAGGUGAAAAGACAUUUGAGUGCACGGUUUGUAAUAAGAAGUUCGCAAGUGGGGAUGGCCUAAAAUUACACCUCCGAACUCAUACAGGAGAAAAGCCCUACAGUUGUACGGUGUGUAAUAAGAAGUUUACAAUUAAUAGUAACAUAAAAGUUCACCUCCGAACCCAUACGGGAGAGAAGCCAUUUGAGUGCAACGUGUGCUUCAAGAAGUUCGCUCAAAUAGGUAAUCUGAAAGUGCAUGGAAUGUCUCACACAGGUGAAAAGCCAUUUGAGUGCACGGUUUGUAAUAAGAAGUUUAUAACAGGGGGUAAGCUAAAACUUCACCUCCGAACACACACAGGAGAGAAGCCGUAUGGAUGCACGGUUUGUGAUAAGAUGUUUACAACAGGGCACCAGCUGCAAAUUCACCUACGAACACAUACAGGAGAGAAACCGCAUGGCUGCCCAGUUUGUUAUAAGAAGUUUAAAAGAGGAAGUGAUUUAAAAAUUCACCUCCGAACUCAUACGGGGGAGAAGCUAAUUGAGUGCAACGUGUGCUUCAAGAAGUUCACCCAAAGUGGUCAUCUCAAAUCGCAUGAAAUGUAUCACACAGGUGAAAAGACAUUUGAGUGCACGGUUUGUAAUAACAAGUUUGCAAGAGGGAAUGAACUAAAAAUACACCUCCGAACUCAUACAGGAGAGAAGCCCUAUAGUUGUACGGUUUGUAAUAAGAAGUUUAUAACAGGGGGUAAGCUAAAAAUUCACCUCCGAACACACACAGGAGAGAAGCCAUAUAGCUGCACGUUAUGUAAUAAGAAGUUUACAACAGGAGGUGAUCUAAAAAGACACCUCCAAACCCAUACUGGAAAAUAGCCAUUUGCGUGCAUCAUGUGAAAAAAAGUGAAAUGAAAACAGAAUAUUGUCGGAAAGUGUACCUCUGAAUCCACAAAAUAGAAAAGUCAGUCUAAAAACGCACCUCGAAAUCCGAUAGCCUGUUCAUAUGUUCCGUCGAGGUAUGAAGUAGAAACAUAGUUAAGAGCACGCUAAUGAGGGAGGCCCAGCGAUUACACCGUGUGCCACUAGUCCAUUUCACAAAGUAGAAACCUGAGAAGAUACUUCUGACACGAGACAACUACUCUUUUAAUCAAAACAAACGCCAAUGUAACCUACUUUUAAGAUUUAAGAAAAAUACAUCAAUGAAAAUAUUAAUCGUAAUAAA